AUGGAGCCAAUGAAUGUUGCUACCAGCAGCCCGCCGCCCCUUCGAACACGCUUAGACCCCGUCAUCAUCGUCAUCGCUUCACUCGCUGUGAUUUUCACAGGAUGUGGAAUUAACUUUUCCUUUGGAGUUUACCAAGAGCUCUAUGACUCAAUGUCCAAGGACCCAAAUACACCGUUUACCGGUGCCACUCCAGCUCAGAUUGACUUGAUCGGGACUCUCUCCAUCGCCUUGAUGAACAUCGGCGCCCCAAUUGCAACAGCAUGGACAAAACACUACUCCCCACGAACAGUCACUUGGGCAUGUGGGAUUAUUUUCCCGGUGGCCUUGCUUCUUGCGAGUUACAGCCAGGCACUAUGGCAAUUCAUCCUUACCCAGGGCCUUCUCUUAGGAGUAGCCACUUGUCUUGGAUACAUGCCAGCCGUGACCGUUGCCCCAACAUGGUUCACUCACCAUCGCGGCCUUGCAAUGGGAAUUAUCAUGGCCGGAACGGGGCUUGGGGGAGUGGUGUGGCCCCUGGCAUUUCGAUAUCUCAUUAUCCGUGUGGGCUUCCGCAACACCCUCCGCAUAACAGCCGGCAUCUCGUUCAUCCUGAUAUGUGUCCCGGGUACAUUUAUGCGUUGGCCACCUAGCCAGAUCGCUCGCAUUCAAGUUGAAAAUGCAGCUGCCGCUCGAUCAUCUGGAUUCCUCCGCAUCCCACUGGUAAACUGGCGUGUCGUUCGUACUCGAAAAUUCCUCAUUCACGCUCUCGGUGCAGCGCUCCAGUCGGCUGCAUACUAUACACCUGUUUUCUUCUUUGCCUCUUAUGCGCGCACACUCGGGUAUUCACAAGCAACCUCUGCAAACUUCAUCGCCAUCUCCAACGCCGCCAACGCCGUAGGAAAGAUCAUUAUCGGACACAUUGCAGAUCGCAUGGGUCGAAUGAACACGCUUGCAUUGGCAACACUCAUCUCGGCAGUCUCCGUCCUUGCCCUGUGGCUUCCAUCUUGUCUUUCUGACAUGCAAUCUAACGGAAGCAACCUGUUCAUCGCGUUCACUAUUAUAUAUGGCAUCUUCGCAUCAGCCUACAUCUCACUUUUCCCAGCAAGUCUGAUGGAACUAUUCGGCGUGCAAAACUUUACCAGUGUUAACGGCUUGUUAUACAUGGUAAGAGGAUUCGCAACGCUUGUGGGAACGCCGGUGGCAGGUGCAUUGAUCCGGAGCAGCCAUAAGAUUGUGGAUUCUCGGAGCUAUGAAAACACCAGCAUUAUGGUUGGUGUGCUCUUGGUCGGCGCAACUGUUGCAGCGAUGUGGGCACGACUCGAAGUUACCAUUCCUCUUGACGGUAGACAGGGUCGAAUGAAGUGGCUGGCAUAG